AGGCUUCCGUCCUCAUUCUCCUGCCGGGGAACGCACUCCGGCUCCAGCGUCACUUCAGAGACAACAGAGGGGGAAGGAGACGCACCCGGGCCAAACCCCCAUCCCGCACCCGCCGCAGGAGAAGAUGUCCGAGCCCAAUAAGUACCGAGAGUGGAUCCUGGAAACAAUCGACUCCCUCCGCUCCAGGAAAGCGCGUCCAGACCUGGAGAGGAUCUGUCGAAUGGUCCGGAGACGGCAUGGGUCAGACCCGGACCGAACCAGGACAGAGCUGGAAAAACUGAUCCAAGAGCAGACGGUGCUCAAAGUUAGCUACAAGGGCUCCAUAUCGUACCGGAACGCGGCCAAGGUGCAGAGGAAAAGCCGAAAGAAGAGUGAGUUUAUCACGUCGGCUGUUGGCGGCGGCGGCGGCGCGGAGGCAGCAGCGAGGGAGCGGACCAAACACGACCAUCUGAACAACAACGGCGACAGUGCGCACAGCUUCACCGACCAGGAGGAGGGAGAGGAGCCGGAGCCCAGCCCAGAUCCCCACACCCAGACAUCAGGCACGAAGCUCAAGCCUGCCUCCUGCCGAAGUAGCGGAAACGGGUGCCUCAACUGUGGCGCAACAACGGGCUGCGCUGUCGGGAGCGGCUGCAAAGAAGAGAAAGCAAGUGCACCGAGAGACAAGGGAUUAGAACAUCAGGCAGCGGGGGGCUGCCCGGAGCCCGGGGUCGGCCACGGAACGAGCGCGCACGGCGACGGCAGCAGGGCGACGCCGAGCAGGAGCGAUGCUGUCUGCGGCGGAAUGGAGCCGGGUCCGUCCGGAGCUGAGAGCCAGAACAAAACUUACACCGGGAGCGUCAGCAGCCUCCCGCAACAACAACCGAGGCAGCCCGCGCCCCUCAAGCCCAAACUUCGAGUCGGAGGAGGGGGCACCAGAGUGGCGGGGACCCACGCCAACUCCGCCGACCUGGGCGACAGGCUGGUGGCUUCUGUUCGCCGCCUGUCCGAGAGGAGCCACCGAGGGGGCUCCGCCGCUGCCGCCUCUUCCACCGCCGCAACCAGAGGCCACAUGAAGCCGCUCGGACUCAAGGAGAUCCUGGGCUACCUGAGCAGCCAGGAGCAGCUGUCGGAGGAGAAGCUGACCCGAGGCAAAGUCAAGGUGGUCAUGGAGCGAGAGGUGGCGCGAGGCAGGCUGCGCAGGACCCGCUGCGGGAACAUCACUCUUCCCCUGAGGGGGAUGGUGAUGGUGGAGGAGCCGGCGUCGAAGAAGAAUGCGUCCGCGGACAGACUUGGGAAGAGCGCACUGCAGGAGAAGCACACACCGACGAAGAAGCCGCCGCCCUCGUCUCCUGUACAGGAGCACGAGCCAAUGGAAGCAAGCAGCGAAGAAGUGGAACGGGGAGAGAACGAUGAAGAGAACGAGGAAGAGGAGGAGGAGGAGGAUGCUGAUGAUCCCCGGAGUUCUGAUGAGGAGGGAGGACCAACGCCUGUAGCCAUGACAACCGAACCAGGGCUCACGGAGAAGCCCGCAGAAGAUGCUGAGAUCCAGGCAGUGUCAGAGGAGGGGAGCCCCCAUCAGCAGCCACAGCACAGUGGCAAAGCGGCUCUCUCAGGGGUGGAUUCCCUCGCCAGGACACCGUCCCCACCUGUUCAGGGAGUUGUCGAGGUGUUGCAGUGUAGCAGUGAAUGCUUGGAGGAGAGAGCUGACCUCCCAGAUCAGCCACACAUGGCAGCACAAACACAGAGCCAGCCGCAGCAUGACGGGAUCAACCACACCUCCUCAGGCUUCAACAACAUGGAGUGUAUGACAGAGGUCGGUGUGUCGUCCUGCCUGCUCACACCCACCGCCUCCCCGAGAGACUCCGGCCUGUCUGAGGAGCUAGGGAUAAAUGGAGGCGUUGGCAGUGGAGGGUUCAUGAAGUGUGAGGGGGCCAGUGGGAGCCCGAUGGACUGGACGGUGUCUGAUGUGGUCAGCUAUUUCACGGCAGCAGGUUUCCCUGAGCAGGCGGCUGCUUUCAUGACCCAGGAAAUCGAUGGCAAGUCUCUGCUCCUCAUGCAGCGCAACGAUGUCUUGACUGGCCUGUCAAUCAGGCUCGGCCCUGCCCUCAAGAUCUAUGAGCGGCAUGUGAAGGUUCUGCAGAAAACACACUUUGAGGACGACGACUGCUAACGACGUUCACAUGAAAUACACACAGUUGUGUCUGUGUCAACAUAUUAAGUGUAGUUAUAUAAAAAUGCAUGCACGAUAUACAGUAUAGACUUUGCUUUUCAUCUCAACAAACACACACACCUCUGUUUGCCGUUCCCAUCGUCCCGGACGACUGCUCGAGACCAUCAACAAGGAUUUUCUACUAAACUGAGCGCAAACAUCGGCAGGAGAAGGCAGACUUUGAAGAUGCAGGAGGUUCAAGACAGACAUGCAAUUUCUUUUUUUAUCUACAACAAUCAAGCACUUUGCAUUUUCUUGAUAAAACCCUGCAAGAUGUUUUUUCCAUAAACUGUUCUUUCAUGUUGACCUUAAUGCACAUUUUGAAUGAGGUCCUCUUUUUCGGCAUUGACUUUUUUUUGUUUUGUUGCCGGAAUGCAAGAGUUUCUUGUCGUGGGCGGGUGUAAGUCAAUACACACAUGGACGCAGCACGUUGGAUUGAACAGCGACAUUAUAAGAUGACCAGAGUGGAAGGAUGAGAUUCUGUUUUGUUGCUGUUGACCCAUCGUUGUCUUCAAUGUCAAGAUCAAAUCUGGUGCAAUAAGCAAUAAUCUGAUGAUUUCCCUACACCUCUGAGAGGGUGCAGCACCAAGUCAGCUCAUUGAUCAGCAGGUGGUGGAUUUGCAUGAUAAAAGUCUCAUUCAUUAAUAUGUUCAUAAUGUUUUAAACAGAGUCGGCAAUGAUCUCUGAUCUAUGAAUGACCAAAUCAGUGUCUGCUUUCACAAAGAUAGACUCUGACUGUGGCUUAAAAGUCAGACGCCUGAAUUUAUCUCCUUCACAUAUUGUGACCAAGUAAAACUAAUUUGCUAUGAGUGGUGGGUAGAUCACAACUUUUUUUUAAACUAAAACAUGACUGACUGGACAACACUGGACAUUCACCCCAACAGAAAGCAUUUGCCUUCUUGAAGGACAUCAUGUUUUUAAAGAACUCAAACUAAGUACGUACGUACCUCCACCAAGGCCCAACAAUCCCCUCAUGAAAUCACACUUAUAUUCACCAAAUUCAGAUUUUUAUUUUGAUCUGCACCAAAUAUCCGUCCUCUAAACAUAAAUUUAAUCAUGUUUCUUAAUUUGUUUUAUUCUCUGAUAAAUCAAUGAAAAUGCUGAAAACACAUCCUGUGAUCCUGAUCUGCACCAAAAUGUAAUGGGUUCUUCCUCAGGUCGUGCCCCCGUCCCUCCAAAAAAAUGUCAUGGAACUGGGUACAGUAAUUUUUGCGUAAUAAACACACAAAAAGCAUAACCUCGUGGAAAUAUUCCAAGAUUCAGCAGAGAAGAACCUUCGUUAGUAUUAAAUGUCAGUGUGGUGGCAAGCUGAGAUGAGGUGCUGUGUCUUCAGGACGCUGUACCUGUGCAAGCUCAUCACAUCAGGAUCAGGACUGGGAUUCACCAGUACCCAACCAUCAUGAAGUUUGUUUUUGAAAUCUUUUGUUUCAAAGUUUAUAUUGACUGCUGAACUAGUUUACUAAAUCAGGUUGCCCCAUUAAAGCAGAUCUUAACUGGUUAAGUUUAUUACUAAUGUGUAAAUUGACAGCCUAAGUGCCUGUGGCAGAACAUUUAAACAGUUUAAAACAGGCUGUUACUGGAGGAUUAUACAAUAAAACAAAAUAGAGUUUUGGAGGUGCAAAACAUGUAGCAUUUAGAACUAUGUUGUUUAUAUUUACAUUACAGAAAAAUGUGUAUUAAAAAGUAAGAAGUAUUCAGUUUAGAAUGAGUGGGAGAUAAUAGUGAUAAGAAAAAUGUCUGUCAAGACGGACGCCCUAUCUCAUUAAGUUAAAGAAAGAUCUGUCCCUUUCUACAGACAUGUGCCAAAAUCUGGAGAUUUUCGUGGCCCAUGUCCCAUCCUUCCACCAAAUUCAGUGGAAAUCAGUUUUGUAUAUAAAAUCUUGUUGACAAACACACAAACUUAAAGGAGAGAAAACAUAACCUCCUGGUUGGAGCUAAUAUCCACAUUUAACCCGGAUCAGACUAAUAUAACAACAAAACAAAGACUAAUCUAACACCAGUCUGAAAAUGUAUUAUGUUGAUCAAACAUACCAGCCAACUGAACUGAACAAUCAAACCUCCACUGUGUGUAGUGGGGUGGAUAUGUAAAUAUACCGAAAUAUACUCCAGUCAAGACAUCAAACAUUUUGAAUCCCUGGAAUAACUUUAAGUGAAAUAUGCUGCAGCGAAUUCAAUCAAUUAAUCUCAUACCAACAGAAAUCGUUUUUUCUAUUGUUUACUUGUCCUCCCUCCCAGCCCUGUAACAACAUACAUUCCAUGUCUUUUUAUUUUAGUGACUGUUUCUGUUUUCAGCACAUUUCUUUUAAAACCGCCUCUACCUCUCUCCCCUCAUUGCUCCCUUUACCUCCACUUUUUCUUUUUCCAAGAACACAUAUUCAGGUUAUGUGAAGGAGAGGAUGGCUGCGUUUGAGUCUCACACAGGGGAUGAUGUAUAGUCUGCUCUGUUGCUUUUCUCCUGAUAUUUGUUGAAGGAUGAUUUUCAGUAAUAAACGAUUCAAUUAAAAGUUGAA